UAUGAAUCCUUCACAACAUUCAAACCCCGAAGACUGGUUCUUCUCGGGUGUGAAUUCAGGGUGCCUCAGUGUGGCAAAAAGAGCUCGUUCCUAGCCGCAAUUGUCCUUGUACUCUCACGACAAAAUGUUGCAACCGCGUUUUCGAGUAAAUGAUCAGCAUGUGGCUGUGCUAAACUUCCUGACCUGCUUCCACGUUCUCCGCUGCGGUCGACAUGUUUUCGAGUAUACCCCAAAAGCUCACUUCGCAAUUUGGCCUGCUUCCAGAUGAGAAAAAGCUCGCCUUUCGCAGUCAGCCAGGCGGUCUCUCCAAAUUGGCCACAGUGCGGAAUAUACCAGAAAGCGAUAGCUACUGGGAUCAGUAUGUCAGCCUCUUCGACUCGGCGUCAGAGGUCUUCUCUCUUAUCACUCCAAACGACAUCCGUCGCGCCCUCCUUGACGCCCCAGAGAACAUCGCCACCCUUAUUCGUGUCAUCACCUCCCGACUCUUCAACCUCGUAUCCGACCACACAUUCCCCUCCGCUUCCAACACUUCCGUCACCGCCCUUGCAUCAUCGUUCAUCAAGGCCGCUGGCUCUGCAGACAGGAACACGACAAAGGAGGUGCUUAAUUGCCUCCGCGUUCUGCAACGCGUCUUACCAGUCGUCUUUGAAGUGGACGGCGAGGCGAGUGUAUUUGAGCUCGAGGUGCUGUGGAAGAGGCAGCAAGUUGACGAGGGCUUGGAUGAGGGGACGCCACAGUUCGUGAUUGAGGAUGAGGACGACAGCGAGGAUGAAGCAGGGACCGCGCCCCCGAAACAGACCAAAACGAUGCCUUCGUUGGGGGAGAAGCUGUUCAGCUGCAUCAUAGAUCUCUUGUUCUGUUGCGGUUUCACGCUGCCCACCAAGAUUCAAGUCGACCACCACAAGAUAAACUAUGUCAUUUGGGAAAAGGGCGUUGGAUCGACGACAGACCCAGGCGUCAGCAACCAGUAUGACAGUAACAAGACCGAAGUCCUGCGCCUCCUCCUCGUCCUCCUUUCCAGACAGAUAUACGUCCCAUCAUCGUCGCUCUUCUCCAAGCCCUCCCUGUACACCCUCCACCUCGUUCAGAAAACACCCCGACGCGACGUUCUCACCAUUCUAUGCUCGCUCCUCAAUACAGCUAUGAACUCGGCUCAACAUUCCGUUCCUACCGCCAAAACAAACUCUUUCCGGUAUUUCCUUAUGAAACUCCAUCGCACGCAGGAUUUCACCUUUAUUCUGGACUGGCAUACUCGCGUGAACAAUCUACUUCCCGGUGCAAGGAAAUCUAUACCCUACGUUGCAGAAAUAGUACUAUUUCUAUGGAAGAUGAUUGAACUCAACAAAGCCACCGAUCUGAUUGCCCAUCUUCUGUGCUACAAUUUAGAGAUCAAGGACAAGCCUCAACAACAUGGACUCUGUAGAACACUAUCCUAUAUUAUCCAAACACUUUCAGCAGAACCCGCGUUUGGGAACAGACUGGCGUCACCCAUCAGAAUACAAGUUCCCGCAAAAUGGAGCAUGUCAGGAACUGCUGCUGAUUUCAUGAUCAAUGCAAUUUAUUCUGUGGUGGCAACCACUUCUGGCUCUCUUAAUUCACUGUAUCCCGCCCUCAUCAUCACGCUGUCAAAUUUGGCGCCCUAUUUCAAGAACUUGAGCGUGACAUCUAGCGCCAGAUUGAUCCAGCUGUUCACGUCCUUCUCGAAUCCCCUCUUCCUUUUGGCAGAUGAAGGACACCCUAGACUUUUGUUCUUUAUGUUGGAAGUAUUCAACUCUGUCAUCCUUCACCAUCUAGCGGAGAAUCCUAAUCUCAUAUAUGGCAUCAUUUCAUCCCAUAAGACGUUUGAGGAUCUGGGAACGUUUACGCUGUCUCGGGGAUUACGAGAAAUCAGGCGUGUCCAGCUAGCAAAGGAGGAGCAGAAUCGUAAGACUACUGCCAGAAAUCCUAGAGAAUCCGCGGAAGGGCCUGAAUCGCGCACUGAGAAGGCGCGGCUUCUUUCAAGCGAGUCUCAGGACCAGCUGGAGGAAGUCGCCGAUCACGAUGCGGAGACGUCGCUGAAGUCUAUCCCAACAGCUGCUACUGCAGAUCCUGCGUCGUCCGUGUCUGAGAAGGCCCGAGGUAAGAUGAAGGAGAGACGUUCUCUGUCUUCCGAUACCACUAUCAGCCUUGAGCGGGUGGCUGCUUCUGGUAUUGGGAGAAAUGGCUUCAUACCUACUCAUGACUGGGUUUACCCUGUCAUGCUAGUUAUAUCUGAGCUCUUACCAAAAAAAGCCAAUUCAACGUCUGCAGUCUUAGAUUUCCUAGGGUCAGUAACUCUAAAAGACGUAUUACCUCCCGUUCCUCCCUUAACACCUCGGAAAUUCCUUGUGUCGCUUAUUACUGUACACAAACAGUGGUCGGAUGCUUCCAUCGUAUGGUUGACUUCUUUAAUUUGGGGUGAAAUCUACGUUCGAGGCAUGACUCCUCUAGGAGUAUGGAACUCGACGAGUGUUCGUCUGUUUUACGUAAAGCACUCGCAGAUUCAGCAGCGCCAGAUCACAGGAACUGUGUCUAGUGUUGUUGGUGGGUUCCUAGGGAGGACGAAUUCGGAUACUUCUAUAGCGUCACGGCAGCGGUGAGGGGAGAGCGAUUUGUGUUUACGUAUCUAUAUUUGUUACGGAGGAUUUCAUAAAUUAUGCGUCAUUGUUUUCUGUUUG